GCGAGCGGAGCAUGGUAACUUCUCCAGCAAUCAGAGCGCUCCCCCUCACAUCAGUGGCAUGCUUCAUGGAGAUAUGCUCCUCUCACUGCCCUCUGCUUCAGCAACAUGGAUUGUCACCUCUCCAUCCUCCUCCUCAGCUGCUCUCUUCUCAGCUGCUUCGGGGAACUGAUUCUCCAACCUUCCAAUGAAGUUAAUCUACUGGAUUCAAAAACUAUUCAAGGGGAGCUGGGCUGGAUCUCUUACCCAUCACAUGGGUGGGAAGAAAUCAGUGGUGUUGAUGAACAUUACACACCCAUCAGGACUUACCAGGUGUGCAAUGUCAUGGAUCAUAGUCAAAACAAUUGGCUGAGGACAAACUGGGUCCCCAGGAACUCAGCUCAGAAGAUCUAUGUGGAGCUCAAGUUCACUCUACGGGACUGCAAUAGCAUACCAAUGGUUUUGGGGACUUGCAAGGAGACUUUCAACCUAUAUUACAUGGAGUCUGAUGACGAUUAUGGGGUCAAAUUCCGAGAGCAUCAGUUUACAAAGAUUGACACCAUUGCAGCUGAUGAGAGUUUCACUCAAAUGGAUCUUGGGGACCGUAUUCUGAAACUCAACACUGAGGUUCGAGAAGUAGGUCCUGUCAACAAAAAGGGAUUUUAUUUGGCUUUUCAAGAUGUCGGUGCUUGUGUUGCCUUGGUGUCUGUGAGAGUGUACUUCAAGAAGUGCCCAUUCACCGUGAAGAAUCUGGCCAUGUUUCCAGAUACAGUACCUAUGGAUUCCCAGUCCCUGGUGGAGGUUAGAGGUUCUUGUGUUAACAAUUCAAAGGAGGAGGACCCUCCCAGGAUGUACUGCAGUACAGAAGGCGAGUGGCUGGUACCCAUCGGCAAGUGCUCAUGUAAUGCUGGCUAUGAAGAAAGAGGUUUUAUGUGCCAAGCUUGUCGACCAGGUUUCUACAAAGCUUCAGAUGGUAACAUGAAGUGUGCCAAAUGCCCACCUCACAGUUCUACUCACGAAGAUGGUUCAGUGAACUGCAGGUGUGAGAAUAAUUACUUCCGAGCAGACAAAGACCCUCCAUCCAUGGCUUGUACCCGGCCUCCAUCUGCACCAAGAAAUGUUAUCUCUAAUAUAAACGAGACUUCGGUUAUCCUGGACUGGAGUUGGCCCCUGGACACAGGAGGCCGGAAAGAUGUUACCUUCAACAUCAUAUGUAAAAAAUGUGGGUGGAAUGUAAAGCAGUGUGAGCCAUGCAGCCCAAAUGUCCGCUUCCUCCCUCGACAGUUCGGACUCACCAACACCACGGCGACAGUGACAGACCUCCUGGCACACACUAACUAUACUUUUGAGAUUGAUGCCAUUAACGGGGUGUCAGAGCUGAGCUCACCGCCGAGACAGUUUGCGGCAGUUAGCAUCACAACUAACCAGGCUGCCCCAUCACCUGUCAUAAUGAUUAAGAAGGAUCGGACAUCCAGAAACAGCAUCUCUUUGUCCUGGCAAGAACCUGAACACCCUAACGGGAUCAUACUGGACUACGAAGUCAAAUACUAUGAAAAGCAGGAACAAGAGACAAGUUAUACCAUUCUGAGGGCAAGAGGCACGAAUGUUACCAUCAGUAGCCUCAAGCCUGACACUACAUAUGUAUUCCAAAUCCGAGCCCGAACCGCAGCUGGAUAUGGGACCAACAGUCGCAAGUUUGAAUUCAACACUAGUCCAGACUCUUUCUCCAUCUCCGGUGAAAACAGCCAGGUGGUAAUGAUCGCCAUUUCAGCGGCAGUAGCAAUUAUUCUCCUCACAGUCGUCACCUACGUUUUGAUUGGGAGGUUCUGUGGCUAUAACAAGUCAAAACAUGGUGCAGAUGAAAAAAGACUUCAUUUUGGAAAUGGACAUUUGAAACUUCCCGGUCUCAGGACUUAUGUUGACCCACACACAUAUGAAGAUCCAACCCAAGCGGUGCAUGAGUUUGCUAAGGAAUUGGAUGCCACCAACAUAUCCAUUGACAAAGUUGUUGGAGCAGGGGAGUUUGGAGAGGUAUGCAGUGGUCGCUUAAAACUUCCUUCAAAAAAAGAGAUUUCAGUGGCCAUCAAGACCCUGAAAGUGGGCUACACAGAAAAACAGAGGAGAGACUUCCUGGGAGAAGCAAGCAUUAUGGGACAGUUUGAUCACCCCAACAUCAUUCGAUUGGAAGGAGUUGUUACUAAAAGUAAACCAGUUAUGAUUGUCACAGAAUACAUGGAAAAUGGUUCCUUGGACAGUUUCUUACGUAAACAUGAUGCCCAGUUUACCGUCAUCCAGCUAGUCGGGAUGCUUCGAGGGAUAGCAUCUGGCAUGAAGUACCUCUCGGAUAUGGGCUAUGUGCACCGAGAUCUUGCUGCACGAAACAUCCUCGUCAAUAGUAACCUGGUGUGUAAGGUUUCCGAUUUCGGACUUUCACGAGUUCUAGAGGAUGACCCAGAAGCUGCUUACACCACAAGAGGAGGAAAGAUCCCAAUCCGAUGGACAUCACCGGAAGCUAUAGCAUACCGCAAAUUCACGUCAGCCAGUGAUGUGUGGAGUUAUGGGAUUGUUCUCUGGGAGGUGAUGUCCUAUGGAGAGAGACCAUACUGGGAGAUGUCCAAUCAGGAUGUAAUUAAAGCUGUGGAUGAGGGCUAUCGACUGCCGCCCCCCAUGGACUGCCCAGCUGCGUUGUAUCAGCUAAUGCUGGACUGCUGGCAGAAAGACAGAAACAACAGACCCAAGUUUGAGCAGAUUGUCAGCAUUCUGGACAAGCUUAUCCGGAACCCAGGCAGUCUGAAGAUCAUCACCAGUGCAGCAGCAAGGCCAUCAAACCUCCUUCUGGACCAAAGCAAUGUCGACAUCACUACCUUCCGUACAGCAGGUGACUGGCUUAACGGAGUCCGGACCGUGCAGUGCAGGGAAAUCUUCACAGGUGUGGAGUACAGCUCCUGCGACACCAUAGCCAAGAUUUCAACAGAUGACAUGAAAAAGGUUGGUGUCACUGUGGUUGGGCCACAGAAGAAGAUCAUCAGUAGCAUUAAAGUUCUAGAAACACAAUCAAAGAAUGGUCCAGUUCCAGUGUAAGGUGCUAUUUCUGCAAGGAAGUGGUGGCUGUGAAAGAUGCAGUAUUGCUCUGCGACAGAUGGCAAUGCUGGACACACUGGUGGAAAUUCCAAGCCCAAUGAGACACUCAGAUAUGAGUACAAAAAUGCCUUAAAAUGGAAGUGAAAAACUCUUUUUUUCCCCCUAUAAUUUAGUAGACGGGCGGGUGGGUGUAUUUUGUUUCGUAAUUGCUUUUUUAUAUUAGUUGAUGGGUUAAAUUAAAAUUCUUCAGCCCGAAAUGAAGAACUAGCAUAGACCUAUUGAUCAUAAACUGACCAUCAUAAAAGCAAAACAAGUGAAAUAACAUAAUGAACAUAGUGGCUCUGUUUACUAAGGGCCACAAAAGAAAAGACUGGCGAUAUUUUUAUACACAGAAGAAAUCAGUAACAGGUAUUUUGUUUCUUAAAAAGCAAGCAAAAUAGAGGAAAUUUAUACCUCAAACUAUCUGGCCAUAUUUACUACCCUUUUAUUGUAUUAUUCUCUUUUAUCUGUUAAAAGCAUAUAGAAAUGAAGUUUGUAGUUUUUUUUAAGUACUACACAUUUUUAAAUUGUUAGCUGAAGUAUCAUCAUGUAAAAAAGUGUCUUAAUUUUGAAGAAAAGUACAUAUUUAUUUUCUUUUGAAUUUUUUAUUGUUUUCUAUUUAUGCCUUGAUGAUUUAAUUUGGAUUUGUUACAGCCAAGUGCCAAAUGCUCUCUCAAACUGUCAGCAGUAGGAAACACGGUAAGCUAGAUAUAGAGAAUGAAGGGUUUCUUUCUAGAUUUUUUUGAACCACCCACUUAAAUGUAUCUGUAUCUAUAUCUAUCUAUCUAUCUAUAUAUAUAUAGAUAGAUAGAUAGAUAUAUAUAUAGAUAGAAAGAAAGAAACCAAAUUCUUUCCCUGUUUAUAUACUAACCAAAUUUCACAAAGUCUGAAUUAUCCCAUCCAUUUUUGUCUCUCCAUUUAUUAUAAACUUCGUGCUCCUAAUUUAGUAUAAUAUACUGGCUUGUAUGUAAUGAAUUCUCAAUGACAUAACUGCUCUGCUCUGGUGCCUUGGAAACCAUCAACUUCCUUCACUGGUAAAGAAGCUAUGUCCAGGCUCCUGAAUAAAGAAUAGCUACACUGGAGAGAAUGGGAAUCCUAUUUAGAUUGCUGCAUUAAUUGGCAACACAGCCUAUAGUCCAAUGCAUGAGUCAAAAUUCACUUGCUGACUGGCUUUGAAAUGUCACUUAAUAUCUUUGCUUAAACUUGUUGAGCUGUUUAUAGGGAAUGAUGAUAACUAAACUACUCAUCUGCAUCACUGGCAUUUAAAUUAAUUAAGGAGUGUGAUGACUGAUAGCAGGUAUUACUACCUUUAAGAGUCUCCCACUGAAAUGCACUUGUACUAUUGCUAUAUAACUUAGAAGCAUUGAACUUCUUUGCAUUUAUUGAUCAUAAGAUUUUCAAAAUACCUGGUUAUCUAGCAGAUGACUCAGUCUAUACAGUGGACAUAUCUUGCAUUACAGGAACUUAGACUUACCAUUCCAUGAAGGACAACUAGGGGCAUAUUUAGGAAUAUUUGAGAAGGUAUACCUGGUGUAGAUCUAGCCACUAAUAUAUCAGAAAGCAACUUUUUAAUUCUAUCUAUAUUCUUUCCAAUGCUGAUAUGAUCAUGUCAUGGGAAUAAGAAAAACGUAUGUCACAAGGGAAGAAUGGAUGAUACAAUGUGGCAAUCUUAUGCAAAAUGAAACACUAUACCGUUUAUAAUCACAGAUCAAAAUCCACAAUCACUAAUCUCUUGUAAAUUAAAUAUAAUAUGGCUUUGGUUGUGUUCCUUCAUAUAUGAGAUUAUUUCUUAAAUUUCUGCAAUAUUCCUUAUAGUCAAAUCAUUCUACUAGCAUUCUGUGUUGGAUAUAUAAGAGCAUUAAUUUUUAAAAAUGAUACAUGCAAUAAUGAAGUUACAGAUUUCACUUAAGCCUGCCAGAAGCAGCUAAAUUUUUUUUUCAAAUCAAUCAUUUUGUGUUGUAGAAUGUUAGAUUGAGGUCUAAAUCUGGCUUAAUCUCAUUUUUUUCCUGCACACUAGCACUGACUUUCUUAGGUACUAUUCAAGCAGACUCAACAAAAUCUGUGCAUUUCAUGAAAUAGAGGUUGAGGAUUUUUUAAUCUAUUUCCCUUAUUUUGGCUGUGGUUUCCAUUUGAAAGUAGAGGUUGUUUACACAGUGUAUUGCUCCUCACUUUUUCACUAUUUUUCUAUCUGACCUCUUAGAAAUUUACUUUACACAAUUCUUACCCUGUACAUAUGUAAACAUAACAGUGUACGAUUCUUAACUGUGGGUAGAGGUACUAGAAUGCUUAUGGCCAUCUCUUUGUACAGGAACUGCAUUGACCUUCAAUAAACAUGAAACCACAACUCCUUUACAAUAUUGUGUACCAUAUUAUCUGUUUUGUAUCUUAAAUUUGAUUUACAUAUAUUAUUUAUUUCUGGUAACGCUCCCAUUUUAUGCUAUAGUAAGUAUCAAUUAAGCCAUGUAUAAUAAAUGUGACAUGAUUGGCAAUAUGUAUUUACUUUAAACUUGUAUUUUCAAAACACUGCUCAUUUAGUUUAUGUUGUACAAUGCAGAUGGCCUCUUACUAAUGUAAAAUGAUUUGUAGUGGAAACAUUUAUAUUUUUAUAAUAAACAUAAUGAAAAUAUUUUUUA